UAGUGUCAUUAUUUAACCCAUGACGCUAACAUGUACAUUUAUCCGCGACUUUUAACAAACUAAUAUGCUGAAAUGAGCUGACAUUAUGAUACCUCUUCACUUUUGAGAACUUCUUUGAACUCCCGCUUAAUUCUUUGCACUGCAAUGUUGGUCAUUGUGUACGCCGAGAUGAUGUUUGCUCCUCCCGGAUCAAUUUUUAAGACAUGGCAGAAGGGGGCUUUGACCCUUGUGAAUGCAUCUGCACUCAUGAGGCUGCAAUGAGGCGUCUCAUCAACCUGCUCAGGAAUUCUCAGUCCUACUGUACAGACACAGAGUGUCCACUGGAGUUACCUGGGCCAAGUGGUGGAGGGCCGGGUGGUAUAGGAGAGCUCACUCUCCCCAUGAUUGCUAUGGGAUGGAUGGUGCUGGCUCUAAUGCUGUUCCUGCUGCGACCUUCUAGUCUAAGGGGUCGCUCCUCCACAGGGAAGUCUGGUGGACCAUACAAUAGAGACGGAAGAGAGCCACCAGCGCCUCCUGUUGACUAGCAAAGGAAAGGCAGUGCUCAACCACCUGCUGUGACUGCUGCACUUGUCAAGCUACCACAGGGAUAAUACCAGCUCCACAUCAGCCUUCAUUUUAAGAUCUUAUUUUCCUUUUAUUCUAUUUACAAUGUAAAGUAGAGUAGAUCUUUUAUGACUUCCCUCACUAGAACCCAACUUGUAUAUUUUUUAGGUUAGCUUGUCAAAAAAAUGUACAAAAAAACGCUUUGUAUAGUUGUAUAUUUAAUUAUUGUAUACACACUGUUAUGCUGCUAAUCUAUAGACCUAAAGUAUGCAUCAGCUUUAACACAACUCUUUGGUAGGGAGGCUGUUCCAAGUUGAAACGGUGCCAGUUAAUUUGAAUUGUAGACAGCCACACUAUUUGUAAUUGUCAUUUCUAAUUAAAUGUACUCUUAAAUUUUGUGUUUGUUUAAUUCAAAUUUAAAGUCAUUCCAUACAUUUAUGGCCUGUAAAAUAAAGGACUACUCAAUAAUUGUUGGUAUAUUU